GAUUUACAUGGCGACAGAACUACAUUUUUUGUUUACAUACAAUUCUCCCUUUAUCGCUCAUUUUUAAAUUCGAUCUUUCUCAAACACCUCAUUUUUAAGUUAGUCAUGUCUCAAACUGGGGCAGCAUUACAGACUUAUAAUCAUGAGUUGGUCAAGUGCAUUGAAGAGUUGUGCUCAAAAAGAGACGAAUUACAUAAGCAAAUCAUAGAAGAAGAGGAAGAAAAACGGAAAUUACAAAAUGAUAUUAGAAGUCUAACAGAACGUUUGGCUAAAGUCAACGAAAGCCUUAGUAAAAAAAUGGCUGCCAGAAACGAAUACGAUAAUACUAUACGAGAAACAGAAGCAGCCUACAUGAAGAUCUUAGAGAGUUCACAAACGCUCCUCAAUGUUGUAAAGAAAAGUGCAAAUACGAUUGGUGGUAAAAGUUCUACACCAGCUCCACCAGCUCGUUAA